AGCUAUUUACGAUACAUAAGGUUGCAGGCCUGUUUCCUGGACAGCAGGCAUUGUAGUUCAGCUGCGCAACCUGUAAGGAUUGCAUUCAUUUCCUCAUAGACCAGUCUUUGCUAUAUCCUUCUUGCUGGUGCGCGCUACGGGUCCAACGAGCGUAAACAUACGUUAGGGGCCUGUAUACCAUGGAUGCGCUGCGGUGAAUAUUUCUGGCGUAAUCCCUAGCUAAGAGGCGGCUUGCUGGCUAGGCUGGAACUAGGAUGGCGACCCCUUUGGUGGCGGGUCUUGGGGUGGCGGCAGCGGCCUUCGUAGGAAAACAGGCGGUGCAAACCUACCUGAAGUUCAAAUCCUCCUCGGGGACUAUUCUGUCUGUCGGAAAGCAGUUCUACAAGGGCGGCUUCCUGCCCGAGAUGACCAAGCGCGAGGCCGCACUCAUACUCGGGGUCCGGGAAUCCGCUGGGGAGGAGCGAAUCAAGGAGGCCCACCGGCGCAUCAUGGUGGCUAAUCACCCGGACUCAGGUGGCAGCAGUUACAUCGCCGCCAAGGUCAACGAGGCCAAGGACCUCUUGUUGGGAAAGAAGAAGUCAGGGCAAUCGCCGUUUUAGGACUGGAUUUCUAAAUUUUGACAACGAUAGUGGUCGCUCAAUGGUUUGCCCGGUCGCCGCGCACAUAAGAGGGAACCAAUUCCCGACCAAGCAACGCACCGUGGUGAUCUUGUUCCUUGUCAUCUGAGGGGGCGACCGGGGGCUGUACCGCUUUGCGAGGCGCUUGCAGCCGUAUCGUACGGCGCUGUAGUGUAUAACUGGGAUGGAGAGUUGCCGAGUGUGUUGUGUGAAAAGUGUAAGUGGUAUGGCUUGGAUAGGCUGGAUAGCGGGCCUCUUCCGUCGCAGGUGCGGCGGCGAUGGCACCGCAACGCUGUGUAAUGGCCUUUCUCCGUCGGCCGGUUGCUGAGAGGUCGCUCGGGGGCUGGCUGGUGCGCAGGGAAGCAUCGGCAUCUCGACUCACAAGACCGCUCGCUUGGUGUCGCGGACGAGGGGAAUCUAGUGGGCACGUAUUACCCGUAGAGAUGGAUGGGUGGAUGGCGGUUAUGGCUGCGGCGAUUGUGAGGGGGGUGUCGGUAAAGCUGCCAUACGUGUUAUCCACAUUGCGGCAUGCCAUUGGGGGCAGGCAGAGGAGGAGGGCGGAUGAAAUGUGUCGUAGGCGUAGGUGUAGAAGCAGGCAUAAGGCGCUGAAGGCGGGUGGGGUAAGCUCGAGAGUUUACACGCAGGAGGAGGACGAGGGGGACGAGGACGAAUAGGAAGUAGUGAUUUCGGCUUGGAAAGAACGAAAGCUUGUGUGCAGACAUGCGGUGGAUUGAACUUGCGGCUUGCGGCCGAUGGUCGUGCCUGCCAAGAUCGUGCUUGGUUACUGCGAGUAUACAACUGGGUCGACCUGCCGCCGCUGGUUUGUGAAUCUACCUCUUAAUUUGCAGGCUGGUUGUCCAGUAAGGUCCUUAACUGCUUC